UUGAAUCGGUUUCAUGACGCUGAAUUUGUUGUCUUAACCUAGUUAGUUUCUGCUGCUCUGUCUCAUAACUAUCAAAUACAUGUUGCAGUUAUGUAGCACACCGAAGAAGGCCUUUACCCUGCUGUGACAAGCUAACGUUAGCUAAUGCUACAGUCCGUCUGUGAAACUACUGCGGCUCCGUUUGUUAACCAGCUAGCUAACUAACUUAGCUAGCCCGACGCUAGCAGCCGAGCUGGUGUGCGAUGUGUUUGUUUUUCUCUCUCUCUCGUCUAAGGCUAGCUAUCUAACGCAGCUGCCAGGCGGCUAACCCAGCUAGCCAGCAACGUGGUUGUGUUUGUGUGUGAAGCAGAAAACACACCGCAGCCACCUCCAUAUGCUGUUGUUGCCUUCAAGCGUCCAGCUAAGAUGUGGCAAAGUGUCGGGCUCACACUGCUGGUCAUUGUGGCCACACUGGUCUGUGCGCUGCUCUUCAUGCUGUUUGGUUGGUAUGUAGUCUGGCAGCUCUUCUUGUCCAAGUUCAAGUUCCUGCGUGAACUCGUCGGGGACGGCAGCACCCCUCAGGCCGAACCGCAGCCGUCCGAAACCAAGAGCGAACGCACAGCGAGCGCCCCGACGCGAAGUCGGCCCAGGACCGCACGCCAAAGAGUCGCCUUCGCGGAAAGCACCUCAUAGAUCACCUACUGCGUAUUCAAUCAUAACCCCCGUCUCACCGCGGCCGCCCGUCGGCCCUCUACAAACGUGAUCAUCAGAAGUAAGCUCUGCGUACUACCAUCCACGAGGUGAAAAACUGCCUCGUCCAGUAGAUAACGGCCAAAGCCUCCAAGACGAAGAGGGCGAAUAACUUUAUUCCAGUUGUGUAAAAUGUGACCUUUUUCUUGCAACUUCUCCUUCACCCUUUUUAAAUUUUAUUUUAUCGAUUUAUACUUGAAGAGGAGACGGGAGAACGUUUCAAGGAACUGUUGGUGUAUAAUACACAAUGUUAGCCCUCCCCCGUUCCCCGUGCCUCCGUCUGCACCAGUGCCUGUCUAGAUGGCAUCCGCUGUUUGUUACAUGGCCUCCUUUUUGUACAGCCCACAGUAGCUUGUUUUAUCACUACAGGGCAAAAUCAAUGCUGACCUAAUCAAUAUGUAUGUAUUAUCCUCCCUCCAAGUAAAACUCAUGUAACUGUUGCACCUUUUUUUUUUUUUUUUUAAUCAGCAGUGAUUUCUUUUCUUCUUCAGUGGAGCAGUAGCUUCAAAUAAAUAUCGUCACGAAUAUGAGUCUGUUUUUUGGGAAAUGGGAUUCAUGGUUCAAAGUACUUUUUCUUUUUUUUUUUUUUUUUUAAUAUUGGCUAUACAUUCUCUGUGUAAUAAACAUACACACAAAAAUACUUGAUAAACUGCCUCAAACUACACUGAAAGUAUAUAUCCACAUUUUCGUUUUGUUGGUUGUGUGCAAAAAGAAAAGUGAAUUAAUUGUUUCACAACAAUCGACACUCAAUACAACGUCAGAGUGAAAACAGAAUUUGAUGCAAAUAUUUAUGAUGUCACACUCGGGACGUUUCUUCUUCUUGAUUGGAGUCCACCUGUGAUCAAUUCAACUGAUUAGACGUGAUUUAUAAAGGCAAACGCGCGCGCACACACCUGUUGCUGUAACGGUCGGCUGACGAUGCAAGUCAGAGCACAAGUGAGCCGUGAGGUGAGAUACGGGUCGUCUCGAGGAGGCACAGACUGGGUGAAGGUUCCCAAGUACACAGUGGCCUCCAUAUUAUUUUAUUUUUUUGAUGGAAGAACCACGAGCCCUUUCUAGAGCGGACCGCCCGGCGAAACUGGCCAAGAAACCUCCAGAAGGACACGGCCAUCGCUGACGUUUCUCAGUGUCCCAGCCGGAAGCCGGGCCUUGAACCCAAUUGACCAUCUCUGGAGAGAUCUGAAAAUGACCGCCCAACCUGACGGAGCCAGAGAGGAUCUGCAGAGGAAAGAAACCCUACAUCCAGGUGUGCAGAACGGUCUGUAAUCGCUGCCGAAGCCAAUGCUUCACUUAACUACAUUAAGGGUCUGAAUACUUAAUAGAAAAGGAGAAAUAUCACCAAUGCUUAUGUCAAUGUGAUAUUUCAAUUUUUCUUUUAAAUUCAUUUGCAAAAAUCCUCUGACAUUAGGAAGUAGUGAGUG